AAUGGCCCGUAUGACAGACGAGUCCGCAGAGGAGCUCUUUGUCGACAAAGAGGGCAUCCCGCACUGGGACGGUGAGAACAUAGCUCUUCUACGAGAAUAUCGAAUGAGGGUGAUGAUAGAGUACAGCACACAGUCGAGCUCGACGGAGGCUGGCAAGGAGAAGCGGGCGAACUUGGGCUUGCGCCUGACGCGGGGCCUCACGGGCCGCGCGUGGAAGGCGGUGGAGCCCCUGCUGGACGACCUGGCGUCGCUCACCCAGGACGGCUCGCACCAGAAGAUCAUCGAGGCUCUCGAUGGCCUGGAUAAGGUAGCGGUAGUGCGCAAGCAGCAGAAGUUCGACGAUUUCUUCAAGAGAUCCCGCCGUCGUCGUGGCCAGGAGAUCGUCGAGUACCUGAGGACGUUCCACAACAAGUACAAGGAGCUGACAGAGCUGGACACGGGGACGAAGCUCAGCGACGAUCUCUACGCGUACUUCCUCCUUGAGGGGGCUAUGCUGACAGAUGACCAGAAGAGGCUGGUCACGAUGGUGGCGGACAACAAGUAUGAGACAAAGGCCUUCGAGAACACACUGAAGACGAACUACCACGACCUCCACCUGCAGGAGAAGACCUCCCGGCCGCCACAGCCUCAUCCUCAUGGACGCUCGAAGGGUGGAGGCAAGGGCGGCAAGGACAAGUCCAAGAAGCAGACGAGGGUGUACUACACCGAGGCGGACGACGUGGACGACGAGGAGGACGAGCAGGACGAGGACUACGACGACGAGGUCUACGAGGCCUACGAGGACGGCGACGCCGAGGAGAACAUCGCCAGCGACGCUGGCGCGAGUCAGGACGAGGCGAUCAACAACGCGUACGCCGCCUACGACACUGCGCGGGCCAAGGUUCGGGACCUCCAGCGGAAGCGUGGCUUCUUCAAGGCGGAGGGCACGCUGACUUUUGAGGAGCGCAAGGCGGAGAUCGCAAAGGACAAGCAGCGCACGCACUGCGGGGCAUGCGGUAAGCUCGGCCACUGGGCGGGGGAUCCGGAGUGCCCCAUGGGCCCGAAGAGGCCGAAGCCGUCGGCAAAGCCGAAGAGUCGAGCGGAUCCACGUGGACGAGCGGCGGCGCUUUCGCGCCCGGCAUGGAGCAGCCCCUCGGCUUCGGGCAGCAGUCCCCGCCCAUCUAGCAGCACCAGUGCCAAGAAGCGGAGGGACGCGACCCUUUUCGUGCUGGACGACGUCGAGUACGACUCGGCCUUCCUCGUCAGCUCGGACCGCGGCUCCGACCUCGGCUCCUUCAAGCUCGUGGGCAGCGACGUCGGCGACAGCGCGAGUGUGGUCAGCGACAGCCUCAGCACGAUCCUCCCGACGAUGAAGGACGACGAGGUGCUGCCGUGCCCGAAGUGCUCCAAGGCUCUGGUGGCUCGCCAGAAUCAUCGGACAGGCGGCUGGUUCUUCGGAUGCAGUCAGUUUCCGGACUGCAAGGGCACGCUGAACUACAACGAGGUACCCGGGGAAGGAUUUUUGGAGAUGGUGCUUAUGGUGAGUGAAGACAGGGACACGUCUGACGUACCAGUGGCGCUCAUCGAUACCGGUUGCACAAGAUGUAUGCACGGCAAACACUGGCGGGAGCUGUUCGAGAAGAGGUGCCUGCAUCCCCGCGGCCUCGAGAUCAAGGUGACGGACCGCGUGAGGAGCUUCUCCUCGGCCUUCGGCAAGAGGCAGGAGGGGCGCGUGGUCGAGAUCCCGGUCGCCCUUGGCGGCCGCCGCGGGGUGAUCUUCAGCACGGAGAUGGAGGACUGCGACACCCCGCUCCUGGUCAGCCUGGCGUCGCAGGAGGCGCUGGGUGCCGUGCUCCACUUGAAGGAGAUGCGGAUGGAGCUGCAGACGCUCGCCGUGGACGUUCAGCUGCUCAAGCAGGGCGGUCACUUGGCACUGCGACUUGAUGACUGGGGAGACGAUGACGGUCACCGAUCGGCAGCAGCUUCGAGUUCAAGAUCAGCGACGGCGAUCUCGAAGAAUAGGGACUCGGAGUUCUUCUACGCGCAGGCGCAGAAGGAGUCGGUCUUCGAGGAGUCCGACGGCGAGGAGAUCCGAGUCGAGGAGGAGGUUGGCCACGCAUUCCUGUCGAAGGAUCGCGGUGUGCUGGCCACCGACGCGACAGGGAUCCUCUCCAAGACGACUCGGAAGAAGCUCGAGUCCACCUGGCGUGAGCUUCGUGGAGAGGAUCGUCGACUACGGGAGGAGCUACUUCGACCGAGGUUCGAGGCGGAGCGUUUCGUGACCGCCGACUUCCAGACCACGGUGGUGUUCGAGCCGUUCGGUGGAGAGCACAUCCUGACGCGCUACGGUGCAAAGGAGUACGGUUGGAUGCAGUCUCAGCCGCUGGAUGUGGACCACUCUCCCGACUAUGACCUGCUCAAGGGCCCUGGACGGGCCUUACUCUACCGGAUCCUCGACCUGCACUGGCCUUACAUCACAGUGUUGGCUUUUCCCUGUCAUCCGUGGUCUCUGAUGACCAACAUGAACAAGCUCAUCGACUGGGAUGAGGUCCGCAGGGACACGGGCAAGCCGAUCAAGAAGCCGACGGGGUGGCUCACGAACAGCGCAACGGUGGCGAACCAACUGAGCAAGCGCUGUGCCUGUCCGCCCGGCGCCCACCAGCAGCUGCUCGGGAGGAACUCGGGCGGCUAUCGGGCGCAGCAGGCGGCAGCCUACCCCGUGGGCCUCGCGAAGGCCUUCUGUCGCGGCGUGCUCCAGCAGAUGCAGAUCGACUACCGCAGCUCGCUGGUCAUGGAUGCGGCCUUCCCGGUGGAGGACGCUUCCCUCACGAGCGUCCGCGAUCGCGGAGCCCGCCGCCAGGAGGGCCCGCCUCUCGGAGAGGACGCGCCGCCUGCCGAGGCGGCGGCGGAGGCCCCAGAGGCACCGGCCGAGGUGCCCGUGAGGCCCAGGCGCGGCCGAGCGCCUGCUCGCCGCGAGCGCGGCGUGCCUCCUGGCGGACGCCCGCUGGGCUUCCGCCGGGGACGGCGUACGCAGUACGGCGAGUUCGAGCUGCUGACGGUGGAGCUGUGCGCUGAGCUGGACACGUUCCGGAGUUGGCAUAGGAGGCUACUGGAGAAGAUGGGCGAGGAUAUCGAGACGAUCAUCUGGGGCUCGGACCUCUUCCUGGAGGAGCUGGGAGGAGUCAUCAGCGAACCGCUGAAGAUGGUGAAGGCUAGACGCGGGGGUCAGCGGCUCCAGACAGCGCAGCCGCAGCUGCACGCCGCGGACGCCCCGCUCAGGAUGGUCACUACGCUCAAGGGCGACCAGCUCUUCAGGCUAGACUUCGAGGACUGGUCGCAACAGUCACUGCAAGCACGACGGCGCUGGUUGCCACGACAUCUACUCGAGAACGACGUGGUGGUCUUCUACUUCGCGGGCUACGAGCGGGGCGACCUGCCCGAGGGGCCGGCUGCAGCACAGCAGCGGGACGCCUCACGGGAGAGGAAGCGACGUUGGGAGCUGUUGCCGAGAGCCGUCAAGAGGGCGAUCGAGAGGGUGCACGUGAACCUCGGGCACCCCUCACGGCCAGCGCUGCUCAGGGCGUUGCGCCUGGGCAAGGCAACGGCGCUGGCGCUGAAGGCAGCGAGGCUGUUUGUUUGUGAGAGCUGCCGGCGAGCGCAGCGACCCAGCAUCCCACGUCCGAGUCAGCUCCCGAGGGUCGACGAGUUUAACGUACUGCUCGCGAUGGACUGCUUCGAGAAUGUCGACAGCGCCGGCAACAACUGGGAGCUCCUUGGCGACCCCUGGAGCCGCCCUGGAAGUUCGUCCCCAUACAGUAUGGGGACGAACUUCCACGUGGUCUGCCUGCUGGAGGACACUCACAAGAACCCCAAGGCCUCGGAUGUCAGGAAAUUCUACGAGCUCUGCUGGGUCUCCUGGGCUGGCCAGCCGGAGGAGGCGAUCAUGGUGGACCGCGCGCGGUCCUUCCUGGGCGAGUUCGCGGAUUACCUGGAGCAGGAGGGCGCGCGCUUGGACUCGGCCGCUCUGGCCUCGCCGUGGCACAUCGGCAAGAUGGAGCGCCACGACGGCAUCUGGAACUCGAUGCUCACGAGGGUGGCGCACGACAAGCAGGUGGCGGGCCUUGAGGAGAUGAGAACGGCAGUGACGGAGUGCAACAGGGCCAAGAACACGUUGGCCCGGCGGGCUGGUUUCAGUCCCUACCUCUGGGUCCUCGGACGAGAUGUUCGCCUCCCGGCGAGCCUCGCGGACGACGCCGAGGUGGAGCGCGUGGGCGAGCAGGUGGCAGCUGCUACGCCGGGCUCGCGUUUUGCCCGCAAGGUGGAGAUCAGGACCCAGUGCCGGAUGGCUUUCAUCCAGACCGACACGGAGGAUCGACUUCGACGAGCGGAGCUUCGACAGAUACGACCGACGAGAGGGCCGUUCGUUGUUGGCCAGUGGGUGCUUUUCUACGACCAAGCGCAGCCAGCCAAGCAUCGACCUGAGCAUCCAGACAACAGGCGAGGGCUGGCGCGCGUGAUCGGACAUGAGCGACGGCAUGGAGUGUGGCUUGCUUUCCGUGGCCUCACCGUGCUCGCGAGCCCGGAGCACCUGGCUGCAGCGACUGGCCACGAGAUCCACGCCUGGAGAUCGAUUGCGCAGGAGCAGGAGUUGGUGCACGACACGCCCGUCAGCGGCGGCAGCGGCUUCGUGGACCUGCGAGGCCGGCCCAAGCCCCCCGCCGCGGCGGGGCAGGAGCCCGCUGAGCAGGGCGACGAGAGCGGCAUGGACGUCGGGCCGCGGGCGGAGGUGCCGGAGGAGCCGCAGCCCGCCUCGGCUCCGCCUGAGCCGGAGGCGCCUCCGGCCCCGCCUGAGGCGGAGGCUCCCCGCGCGGCUCCAGCCGCGCCCGAGCCGCCCGCGGCGCCAGCCCCAGCUGUGGGGGCUGAGGACGUGCCCGUGCCGCCCGACCUGGACUUCGACGCGAUGGAGUUCGACGCGGCGAUGCAGGAGAUCAUGAGGGACGACGGCGACGAUGACUGGCACCCCGACUCCCACGGGGUGCACGCGGAGCCCGAGCCGGGGGCCUCUCGGCAUCGGCGUCCUGGGAGUCUCCUGGAGGAAGAGGAGACUGAGGAGCGCCGCGAGCGGGAGGCCAAGCGACGGCGCCUGCUGGACGAUGUCCCUGUCUCGAUCCGACAGGGGACUGCAGGAUCCAGCCUCUCGGCGCCUGUCGACUCGGCGAAGUUCGUGCUGGACAAUGACCUGGAUGAGUUCAUGGAGGCCGGCUUGGAGACGUACCAGCAGGGUGAGGCUUUCUUCGUCCAGGAGGGCAUUGGCAAGGAGGAGUUCAUCUUCGGGCUGAUGCGGAAUGAGUUCGAGCACGCUUUCCUGACGAAGAAGCCUGGGAGGAAGGAGAUCAAGCUCGGCAGCUUGCCUGAGGAGCAACGCCGGAUGUUCAUGGAUCGAGGUGGCAGCCGUGAUGCAGAGUGGCGAUCCUGGCAGGACUUUGACGCGGCUGAGCCGAUCCCGCCGGAUGAGAGCGAGGCGCUCCGCGCGGACAAGGCCAACAUCAUCAUCCCGAUGCGCUGGGUGGAUACCGACAAGAACGACGGGAAGUAUGAUGAGGCCGGAGCCCCUCUGCCGCUGCUCGCGAAGAGCCGCCUGGUCGUGGUGGGCUUUCGAAACCGCUUGCUGGGUAUGUUCAGGCGGGACGCUCCCACUGCCUCACGGCUGGCGGAGGCGCUGCUCCUGACGCUGGCGGCGGCCAUGGACAUGAUCCUCUCCCUGGGCGACGUCAAGAACGCCUACUUCAAUGGGCAGAACCUGCAGCGCGAGGUCUACCUGGAGCAGCCUCGAGGAGGCCUGCCUGGCCUUGCCCCGGGCCAGUUGCUGAGGGCCCGCAAGGCCAUCUACGGCUUCGCGGAGGCAGCAAGGCUAUUCUGGCUAGCGCUGCGUGACGCCUUGCUGUCCGACGGAUGGUUUCAGUCGCGCCUGGAGCCGGCGCUCUUCUACAAGCGCGUGGACGGGCAGCUGAAGGGCAUCGCGGUCUCGCACGUUGACGACGUGCUGGUGGCGAGGAUGAAGGACAUGCAGCUGUCGGACCUCUUGCCGAAGGUCCUGGGUACGUUCCAGUGGAAGUGGAGCGAGCUGCCCUUCACCUUCCGCGGCCGUGAGCUUUCAAGUGAUCCGAGAGGUUUUCUGGUUAAGAUGGUGAACUACGCAACUUCCCUCAAGCCGAUCAAGAUCCCAGCAGGACGAAGGAAGCAGUUGCAGGAGGACUUGAACGAGGAUGAGGCGAAGGAACUGCUGAGGGUAUCUGGUGAGAUCGGCUGGCUAGGUGGACAGUGCCGACUCGACCUGGCCUUCCUCUCGGGCGAGCUGCAGAGGGCCCGAGCGGCCCCGUGUGUGGCGGACCUGGUGAAGGCGAACCUGGCGGUGUCUGAGGCCAAGAAGGGCGCUGAGGUCGCGCUGGUCUACCCGGCCAACUUGAGGCUGUCCAGCGCUGUGAUCGGCGCGGCCGUGGACGCGGGUCACGCGAACGGCCCGGAGCACGACGACAUCGAGCGCUACAAGAGCUGCGGUGGCCACGUGGUGCUCCUCACGACCGACGGCAUCCUGGCCGGACACCACAAGCACUGUGGCAUGACGCAGCGUGUGUGCCGCUCAACUUUGGCGGCGGAGGCCAGUCACCUGGCAGACGCAGUGGAGGCCGUCGACUGGGCGGCAGUGCUGUUCAGAGAGGCUACGAAUGUCUCGGUGGAUUUGCUCAACUGGCAGGGGGAGGUGCAGCGGCUUCCCCGCUUUUGGGCAACAGACGCAAAGUCCGUUUACGACCACCUCACGAAGGAGGGCUCGGCUAAGAGCAAGGACAAGAGGAUGGCGAUCGAGGGCGCCUUGCUCAGAGAGGUGCUGCGCUGCGAGAACACCCACCUCAGGUGGAUUGACGGCUCGCAGAACAUCGCAGAUGUGCUGACGAAGCUGGGGGUGGACAAGGUCUACCUCUACAAGGUGCUGCGGGAGGCCAAGUGGAGCCUGGUGCAGGACCCGGCGGCGGCGGCGAUCAAGAUGAAAAAGAGUAUGCAACGUGCUAGCCGCAAGACCGCCAUCGACACUAGGAAGACGGAGAAGAGGCAGCAGGACAAACUCGUGAGAGCGAAUGAGAUGCGGGAUAUCGCAGAUUGA